AUGCAGGAGCCAUCCGACUUCGAGGAGGAUGGCUGUCUCAUGGACGUCAUCCGGGACUCCCGCCACCAUUCCCCCCAGGGCGCAGAUCUGAGCGACAUGAGCGAGGACGAGCGCGAGCAGCUUGAGGACUGCUUGGACUCCACCGAGAAGCCGUACCCGCAGCCCAAGCGGCCUGUGCCGUUGGCGCAGGCAGUGAGAUGUGCGGAAGAGCUGUGGGAAGAUGCAUAG